CCGCGGAAAGCCAGCGGCGCUGGCACUGCGGCCGCAGCCCUUCCCAGCCCGCAGCCGCAGGGAAGCGAAGCAGAAGUGGCUCUGUCCCGCUCAGGAAGUCACGCCGCGGGAGCGAGGGCUGUGCCCGGGGCCGGGCUCGAGGUGUCUGCCCAGCCCCGGCCCUGGGCACCCGGCCCGGGCAGCUGAACGCAGCUGGAGCGCGGCUGAACGCAGCUGGAGCACAGCUGGAGCGCGGCUGAACGCAGCUGGAGCACGGCUGAACGCAGCUGGAGCACAGCUGGAGCGCGGCUGAACGCAGCUGGAGCGCGGCUGAACGCAGCUGGAGCACAGCUGGAGCGCGGCUGAACGCAGCUGGAGCACGGCUGAACGCAGCUGGAGCGCGGCUGGAGCGCCGAGGGCUCCUCCGGCGGAGCCCGGGCAGCAGCGGGCGCCGGCCGGGGCUGAGCCGAGCGCCUGGAGCCUCUGGCAGCUCUGGGAUUUGGCAGCAGCUGGAGGAAGGAGCGAGCGGGGAAGCGCUGGCGGUGAGCUGGCGUUUUUAGGUUGCUCACCAUGAGUGUGGCUGUGCUCCUGCUCCUGGGGCUGGGGCUGCCGGUGGCUGCAGAGGGCAGAAGGAACAGGUGUUUCUUCAACCGCACGCAGGAGUUCUGUGAGUGCUACAACCUGUCCGAGGAGACGGCCGCCAGCAUCAUCCAGUGCCUCCCAGCUACUGUGGUGGAGUUUUGGGGUGGAGAUCUGGAGAAAUACGCAGACUUCCCCAUCAGGGACCUGGACGACUCCGUCAUUGACACUCUGGGCUCCCUUCUCAUCCAGAAAAUAAUCAUUGGAAAUGUCUUGGUGCCUGAGGUGCUCCUCGCCCGUGUGCUGAGGUUCUUCUCCUACACCCACGUGCGGGAGCUGGCCUUUGAGAGCUGCGUUUUCCAGGGCACAGGCGACUGGAGUGACAUGGACGGGCAGAACUUGCCCAUCCUGUCCCUGAGCUUCCACAACGUGACCUGUGCCCCGCUGACGGGCCACGAGCAGGCCUUCUCCAGCCUGAGCACGUGGCUGGGGACCCUGAAGGAGCUGGCUGUCACCGGCUCCCGCGUCACCAGCCUGCCCUGUGCCAUCGGGAGGCUGUUCGCAGCCCUGCAUUCCCUGAACCUGGCCCACAACAGCCUCGGGGACGGGAGCCUGGCCCCCGCCUUCUGCCAGGGAGCCUUCCCUCAGCUCCAGCAGCUGAGUCUGCGCCACAACAACCUGAGCUCCUACCACAGCGUGUGUGAGGGCGUGGGGCUGCUGCUGCGGCUCCGGCACCUGGAUCUCAGCCACAACGAGCUCAUGGCAGACCCAUCCUCCUCCUGCCAGUGGCCAUCAUCCCUCCAGCACUUCAACCUGUCCAACACCGGCUUGGAUGAAGUGCCAGCACCGCUGCCUCCCCGCCUCGAGGUGCUGGACAUGAGCCACAACCACCUCCACGCUGUAGACAUCUCCCUCAGCUCCAUGAAGAAGCUCUUCCUGAAUCAAAACCUGCUGCGGGCCGUCCCCUCCAUCAGGAAUUGCCCCAUGCUGGACACCCUCCACCUGGACAACAAUUCCAUUUCAGAGCUGCCCAGGGAUGAGGUGAAGCUCCUGGGGCGCCUGCAGGACGUGGCUGUGGCUGGCAACCCCUUCAGCUGCUCCUGCUCUGGGGCCGGGGGGCUGCAGGCGCUGGCGGCCACGGGGCACCUGGGGCAGGGCUGGCCCGGGGACUACAGGUGCCACUCCCCAGCGCAGUACCAGGGCUGGCAGGUGGCACAGGUGCCCGUGUCGGUGCUGCGCUGUGACCCUGCCGCCGUGGUGGCCCCGCUCUGCGUGGCCCAGGCCCUGCUGGGCGUGGCUGGGGCCGUGUGUCUGGCCAGGAGCAGGUCCUGCCACAGACCCUGAGGGCACCGGGACCCUUCCCAGCAGUGCUGCCCCGCGGGGCUCCCGGGCAGGCCCACAGCCCCCCGUUCUGCUGAGGGGCUCUUGCUGUCCCCAGAGGGGCUCCCCGGUGGGGCAGGGCUGGCCACAGGGUUUCCUGCUGUGCCUGCAUCGUAGCAGAGAGCUCCUGAAUAAUGGGCAAUAAUGAGCAUUGACUCCAUGAUUGCAGAAGGCUGAUCAAUCACUUCAUUCUGUUAUAUUAUACUCUACUAACCAGAAAAAAACCAUCGCCCUUGCAGGCAGCCCCAUACAGCUCUGACCUAAUCAAUCAAUCCAAACCAAUCACCAGUGGCCAAUUAAGGAGUCAUCCUUUGGUAAACAAUCUGCAUAACACAUUCCACAUGUGCACAACAACAGGCGCAGCGAGUGGAGAUAAGAAUUGUUUCUCGUUCUGUUCUCUGAGCUUGCUCACAGCUUCCCAGGGAAAUCCUGAGCGAGCUGCGUCUCUCUGCUCAGAGGUUUGUGAUUACCACAUGCCUGUGCCCAGCCAGGCCCUGGGGCACCCCUCGCCUCCGUGCCAUGCUCUGACCCUCAGCCACACCGUCCCACCGGGGAUGUCCCUGUGGCCAGCUCCAGCUCCCCGAGCCCCGCUGUCCCUGCCAUGCCACCUGCCCUGGGCAAGAGGAGCUCAGCUCCAGCAGAUCCCGCUGGCAGCACUCAGAUGUCCCCAGCCUUGCUGGGCUCUGCUGGUCCCUGCCAGAGCCCCUCCAGUCCAGGCAUCCUUGGAGCCUCCAUGGCUCCUGUGCUGAUCCUCCCUCUCCUCAGCCGGGGCUCUGGCUGGGCCAGGGUGUCAGGUAUGGCAGGAUGCUGCUUGGCUGCUCUUUAAGAGAAAAGCCAAAACCCCAUGAAAAAGAGGAAAAUUCUAAAUUAAACACCCUGCACACAAAUGCUAAUGAGCUGGAGCAGCUCCUUACACCUCGACCUGAGGCACUGACAGAUGAGUCCAAGUGGGACCUUGAAAAAGUUCAAGUGAUAAAAAGUUUUAAGUGAUAAAAAGAAAAUUAGUUUGUUCCAGAUUACUCAGAGAAUCUUUCAUCUCUCUCAUGGAGAGAUUCUAUGGAAUCUCUC